AUGUCUCAUCAUUGGUUAUUGUUAUCCAUAUUUCUAACAAUUUUCUUAUGGCAAAUAUCAAAUCUUCAUUCAAUUUCAAUUAAUUCUGGCAAAAGUAGUCAUAUGAUCGAUGAAAACAAUAGUACUCAACGCGUGAAAGAUGAUUUAAUUCGGUUAAUUGAAAAUAUUCUUGGCGAAUCAAAUCCACACAAACAAACACUUUUAUUGAAUGAAUUACGUGAAUAUCUCAAUCGUAUGUGUACUGUUCGUUAUUUUGGAUCAUCACAUGCUCAAGCAUGUCAACGUAUCGUUGAUGUUACUCAUGAACUUGAUACUAACGAUCAGACACGCACUGAAGACCAUGGCAUAGAAAACUGUUUCUUUUGUAAUGGUUUUAUUGACUGUAGAAAUAAUGCCGACCGAUAA